AUGACAAGAUCAAUCAUUUUUUCUAAAUGGAUGAUGAUUACUUGUUUAUUGGGAAUUUUUUUAUUCCCAAAUAAAAUAUCAUGCAAAAAAAGACCUCUCCAAACACUUAAUGUUACUCUUCCUCCACUUGAAGAACAAGUUCCUGUAUCCGAAACUUAUUUGGAUCCUCGGGUUUAUUCUACUUUAAUCUCAAAACAACUUGCCAAUGGAACUAAGCCUUCUGAUGAAUGCUAUUACAUUUCUACACCACGCCCUCACGAAAAUAAAAACGUCAGUUGGGACUGCGAAGCUGGAUAUUAUUGUCUCAGUCCGAGGCCCUCAUCAAAAUUCCCAUGUACUGAUGGAUUUUAUUGUCCAGAAAAUACACAACCCGUUUAUUGUUGUGAGGGUUAUUAUUGUCAAACUCCAAAAACAAUCGAACUUUGUCCUGAAGGUCACUUCUGCGCCCUAGGAACAGUGGAUCCACAAUCUUGUAACCAUUUGGCUUAUUGUCCAGCCGGAUCAAAAUCUGCCAAUAAAUAUUUUGUUGGAAUUUUAGUGGCAGUCUUAAUAUUAUUGAUCUUAAUAAUAUUCAAAUUUAAAAAGAGAGCAGAUGCUCAAAAAGACGAAAAAUAUCGGAUAUUAUUAGAAGAACCCCGAUAUGAAAAAAGUGAGACUUUAGAUCCUGUUUCACAAACAUUCGAUAUUGAAUUUAAUGAUUUAGUUUCAGGAUCACUUAAUCAUGGUAAAACGUGUGCGAUCAUGGGACCAUCUGGUGCUGGUAAAACCACAUUUGUUUCUCUUUUGACGGGAAAAGCAAGAAAAACCAAUGGAAAAAUAAUUGUAAAAAAAUAUAAAGAUGGAAUAGAAGUUGGGCAAAAGUCAUCUCUAGACUAUUACAGAAAACUUAUUGGAUUCGUACCUCAAGAAGACAUAAUGCUCAGAGAACUAACGAUUCGCGAAAUUUUGGUGCAUUCCGCACUAAUGCGUUUACCAACAGAAAUGGCACGUGCGGAAAAGAAACAAAAGGUUAUUGAUAUUAUUAAAUUUUUGGAAUUGAGUCAUGUAAUGGAUACUGCUAUUGGUGAUGAAGUGACACGGGGAAUAUCGGGUGGUCAAAGGAAACGUACAAAUAUUGGAAUGGAGCUUGUAGCAGAACCAUCUAUCCUUUUCUUAGAUGAACCAACAUCAGGUUUAGAUUCUGCAACAGCAUUUGAUGUGUGUAAAUUGCUGAAAAGCAUUGCGCAUGAUCAAAGAAUAACAGUUGCAGCCGUAAUUCAUUCACCAUCCGAAAAAUCUUUUAGAAUGUUUGACGAUCUUAUGUUGUUGGCUAAAGGAGGAAUAGUUGUAUAUUCCGGACCUCGGAAUGAAGCAAUGCAAUAUUUUAUUGAUAGUGGAUUUGUUUUUCCUGACGGUGAAAGUGAACCUGAUUUUAUGAUGGAUAUAGCAUCAGGAAAUGUAAAACCAGAAAACUCACCAGUUGAUAAUUUAAUCGAAAAAUAUCCUGCUUGUAAUUCAUGGGUAAAAUUCAAAGGAGCUUCAGCCUCAUCACCAACUAAUAAUUAUCAAGAUUAUCAAGCACCAACAACUAAUAAUUAUAAUUAUUAUCAAGAUCAUCAAGCACCUAAUAAUUAUUAUUAUCAAGCACCACCAAUUAAUUAUUAUCAAGCACCAAUUAAUUAUUAUCAAGCACCAAUUAUUAAAAUUAAUCCUGAACCCGAACCUUCUGAUAAUAAUAAAUCACGAAAACUCGGAAAGACAACGGGAUUUUCUGACAAAUUGGGUACAAUUUAUCAAAAUAUUUGUGAUUCCCGUCAAUAUGUGGGGGAUGUGGGAAAAGAAUUUUUUUAUUUCCUUAAAGGGCUUGUUGUUUGGAAAGAUUCUGUUCGUUCAACGCCGAAUACUGUAGGAGUAUUUACAUCCAUGGGGAUAAUGUUUUGUGGUAUCAAUG